AUGGCUUCUGAAGCUCGUCUCCCAGAGAAGAACCAGGCCUGCGCUGUUUGCUGUGAAACCCAUGAGGAUGUUCUUCUCCUGUGUGGUCACCAAGUGUGUAAGUCCUGCCUGCAGCUGACUUGGAGGGGGUCUUACCAGUGCACGGUGUGUGGGGGCGUUUCUAAUGAGGAGGAUCUGCUCUGUGGCUCGGGUGGAAAGAGGCAGCGUGACGUCCCUUUACAGAAGAGACCUCAGAGAGCCACGGAGGGGAGUGAGGUGCUCUGCGCUCGACACGGUGAGAACGCCAAGUACCUUUGCCUGGAGGAAAAACUGUUUCUGUGUGAUGUAUGUCAGGACUUAAAGGAGCACGAGAAUCACAAAUGCUGCCCCAUUCAUGAAGCAGCUCUUGAGCUCAAGAAGGAACUGGAGAUUCUUCAGGAAGACCUUGGGGGCAAGCUAGAGAUCCUAAAAGAUAUUAAAGACGCCUAUGUUUGUGCCUCAGAACAUAUUGUGAACCAAGCCAAUUAUUCAGAGCAAAGAAUUAAGGAAGAGUUUGCCAAGCUCCAUCAGUUUCUUUGGGAUGAGGAAGCGUCCAGGAUAGCCACCCUGAAGGAGGAAGAGGAGCAGAAGAGUCAGGCGAUGAAGGACCAGAUUGACCAGAUGAGUAAAGAGAUUUUGUCUCUAUCAAACACAAUCAGGGCCAUAGAAGAGGAGAUGAGAGCAGAGGAUGACGUACCCUUACAGCAUCCAGAGGGCAUCGGCUCCGGCGGGCUGGUCAACGUGGCAAAGCACGUGGGCAACCUGGGGUUCCGAAUCUGGGAGAAGAUGAAGGACAUGGUUCAGUGCACUCCUGUGAUGCUGGACCCCAACACUGCAGACUCUCGUCUCUGCAUCAGCGCGGAUCUAACCAGUGUGAAAAUCAGGGAUGAGGCCGUCCAGCUGCCUGAUAACCCAGAGAGGUACGACAUGUUUGCCUGCGUCCUGGGCUCCCAAGGCUUCGCCUCGGGGACUCCCAGCUGGGUGGUGGAGGUGGAGGAGAACACGAGCUGGGAGGUGGGGGUGAGCUCGGAGGCCAGCCAGAGGAAAGGGGAGGCUAUCUGGGCAGGUGUCUGGAGCGUGGAGUUUUGGGACGAGGAGUACUACAGCCGGUCGCCGGGGCAACUAGAGAAGACGCGUCUCCAGGUGAACGAGAAGCUCCGGAGGAUCAAGGUGAGGCUGGACUGGGACGGAGGCAAGAUGUCUUUCUCAGACGCUGUCAGCGGCGCACAUCUACUGACUCUCACACACACCUUCACAGAGGAAGUCUUCCCGUUCUUCUACAAUGGCUGUGACAUUUACCCUCUGAGUGUCCUUCCAGGGAGGCAUUCUCUAAAAGUAGAAGACUGA